UCAGAAACCCAGUCCGCAGCAACACGGAAUGUUUGAGUGACGCACUCAGAACGCGGAAGUGAAGCGCAGGUUGUUUAUGUUUUCGUCCUGAUUCAGAACAGGUAGAAAACUCAACUUUUACAUUAACAUGGCGGUGAGCGCGGUUCACCUGGAGUCGGAUGCCUUCCUGGUGUGUAUGAAUCACGCUUUGAGCACAGAGAAAGAGGAGGUGAUGGGUUUAUGUAUCGGAGAAGUGGAAGGAACCCGCAUCGUCCACAUCCACUCUGUCAUCAUCCUCCGCCGCUCCGACAAGAGGAAGGACCGGGUGGAGAUUUCCCCCGAGCAGCUGUCCGCUGCCUCUACAGAGGCGGAGAGGCUGGCUGACAUCACCGGCAGACCCAUGAGGGUGGUGGGCUGGUACCACUCCCACCCGCACAUCACCGUGUGGCCGUCCCACGUCGAUGUGAGGACCCAGGCCAUGUACCAGAUGCUGGACCAGUGCUUCGUGGGCCUCAUCUUCUCCUGCUUCAUCGAGGACAAGAACACGAAGACGGGUCGCGUCCUGUACACCUGCUUCCAGUCCGUGCAGGCUCAGAAGGGCUCCGAGUACGAGCGCGUCGAGAUCCCCAUCCACGUCGUGCCUCGGGAAGCCAUCGGGAAAGUGUGCCUGGAGUCCGCCGUGGAGCUGCCCCGCAUCCUGUGCCAGGAGGAGCAGGACACUUACCGCAAGAUCCACAGCCUGGCGCACCUGGACCCCGUGACCAAGAUCCACAACGGCUCCGUGUUCACCAAGAACCUGUGCAGCCAGAUGUCUGCGGUGAGCGGGCCGCUGCUGCAGUGGCUGGAGGACCGGCUGGAGCAGAACAAGCAGAGCGUGGUGGAGCUGCAGAGGGAGAAGGAGAGGCUGCUGCUGGAGCUGGCUGCCCUGUGAGCUGAGGGGACAGGCUGGACCAGGUCUGGAGACCCCUCAUAGUUCUUUUUCUAUUGACAGACUGAGGAAAACAAAACACCUCUCUUUCCCAGAAGUGUACAUUAUGUGAAGAUGAAAAGUUUCUUAUUUUAUUCUAGAAUAUACUUCAUAUUCUGAAUGGACUUUUGUUUUGUGUAAGAUAUUUUGGAGAAGCUUGGUGUUCAAACUGGGGCUGCAUCCCACUAUUACUUUCAUUGAUAAACACUCUCAUCUGCCAACAAGCUGUUCUCAAUAAACCCUUUAAAUUGGAUCAGGA